GUCAAAUUUUAACAGUUCAAUAGUAUUUUGACUGUUAUUUUUUUAAAAUGUCGAAUUAUAAAGAUGUACAAGCAAAUUCAAGAGAUCGAAUACGUUUGUUAAAUCAAGAAACCGUCAAAACGGGGGUGCCGUUCAAUCUAAACACACAAAGAAGCCAUACACCUUUGAGUACUUCAGAUUCGUCAUGUCACUCAUAUCAAGCAAAAGACACUGUUCAUUAUCUUUCACCAGCAACAACGCCUGCAGUAACAGAACUGGAAGGCGAUAUUUACUAUCAACAAUUCGCUGAAUAUGAGCUACCGCCACAAGGUGAUCAUUACGGGAGUUCUUCUGCUUCUACUUUAUCUUGUAAAGAACCUGACUUGCAAAGAACGUUGGCGAUAGUGAAACCGGAUGGAAUGAAAUAUAAAGAUGUUAUUGUUAGAGCUAUUAAAGGCGCUGGUAUAAAAAUUCUGCAGGAAAGAAUCGUCCAUCUAUCACCCGAACAAGUUUCAGAAAUUUACGCUAAGCAAUAUGGCACCCCCUCAUUUCCUCACGUUGUAAUAUCAGUGAGUAUUUCACCGAUAUUAGUGCUGUCGCUUGCAGAAAAAAACGUGGUGGACAAAUGGAAAACUAUGGUCGGGCCGUAUGGGCUCUUAAGAGAGGAAUGGUUUUUUCCCUACAGUAUUCGAACUCGGUUCGGAAUUCAGUCAGAUAUUACGGACGUUCUACAUGCUUCAGAAAAUAUUACAGAAGCUAAAUGGGAGAACAGAUACUUUUUUCCUCGAAAUAUUUUGGAGCCCAUACCUAUAUAUGAAGAAAAGGUUUCGGACUAUAUACAGAAUCGUAUAGCUUCUGUCUUAUUAGAAGGCUUGAUACAAGUGGUUAAAAAUAAACCAAUCGAUCCUGUUCUCUCUCUAGCGGAAUGGCUUCUGCAAAAUAACCCAUACCAGCCGAAGUUUCCUGAAAAAAUAGCUCUGAGUCCUCUUUAACUACACCAAU